AUGACAAUUGUCGAUUCUCAAUCUUCGACAACAUUAUCAACACAACACAUUUGUUCAUCAAUAGAAUCGGUUACGAAAAAUGAUAAUUGUCCUAAUCCUUUCACAUUUAAUAUUAUGGAUGAAUAUGAAAAAAAUGACACAACAUGGAAACUUGAUUUCAAAGUUUUUCAACAAGCAUCAAUACUAAAUUCAAGAGAUCUUGUUGGAGAGAUUCAACGAAGAUAUGACAAUUCUGUUCCUUGUCCAUAUACUCGACAAAUGAAUAUUACCAAAUGUUGUCCCAAUUGGACAGGAAGCAAUUGUGAUCAAGUUGCUACUUCAAAUAAUACAUUAAUUGUAAAUGAUAAUGGACCACUUCCAUUUGCUACAUGUGUUCUUUGGGGUUUAUUUCAUUAUCGAACAUUUGAUGGUACACAAUUUGAAUUUACUGGUUCAUGUAAUUAUAAACUUGGUGGUACACAAACAUGGCAAGUUAAUGUUCGACCAACGGGUUGUACAAAUUGGCAAAAAUGUUCGAAACAAUUAUCAAUGUUAUUUGGAUCAGUUAAUGUAACUGCAGAAGGAAAUAAUGUUAUUGUUAAUGGUGUUACAUUAAAUCCAAUUGAAGGUAUUACGAUUAGUGGUGUAACCAUUGAACGACGUGGAAAUUAUACAUAUUUAACAUAUUCCGAUGGCGUCAGAGUCAAAUGGGAUGAAGCGACAGUUAUUGAUUUAACAGUUGAUGUUAGUUUUAAAGGAAGAGUUAGUGGUUUAUGUGGAGAUUAUGAUGGAGAUUCUCAAAACGAUCUUACUCUUUUUGAUAGAACAGUAUCUUCAAGUGCUGCUGUAUUUGGAAAUCAAUGGCGUUUAGAUAGCAGUUGUUCAGAAGUUCCAUCAUUAGGUGAAGUAUGUUCAGAUGAUGAUGCGAAACAACAAGCAAUAGCUGCUUGUCAAAUACUUAUUGAUAGUUCGGAUGUAUUUGGAACAUGCUCACAAGUCGUCAAUGGACAACAAUAUUAUAAUACUUGUAUUAUCGAUUAUUGUAUUACAGCAGCUUCUUAUCCGAAACAAUUACAACAAGCAAUAUGUAAUUCCUAUACGGCAUUGGCUCGUGAUUGUACUGAUAAUUAUAUUGAUGUUAAUUGGCGUACAGCAUCUCGAUGUCCUAAAUCAUGUCCAAAUAAUAUGACCUAUGUUGAAUGUGCAUCAAAUUGUCCAAAAACUUGUCAAAGUUUAAGUCAAACAAUAUCUGAAUCAGACACAUGUAUGAGUGAUUGUUCACCGGGUUGUAUAUGUCCAGUGGGAACUGUUUUGGAUUUGGGGCAAAAUCAACAAUGUGUUAAACCUGAUCAUUGUACAUGUUAUUAUAGGGGAAAUUAUUAUCAAGCAGGAGAUGAUAUUAAUAUUGAUUGUAAUAAAUGUACUUGUUCAUCUGGUUCAUGGCAAUGUUCAAAAUUUGCUUGCCCUAGAACAUGUACUGUCAUGGGUAAUGGACAUAUUGAUACUUAUGAUGGAAAAACAUAUACUUUGAUUGGUUCUUGUCAAUAUACAUUACUUGAAGGUGCAAAUUCCGACUUAUCAAGUAAACUUCGUGUAAUGUAUACAAAUACAAAAAAUAUUCAUACAAAUGAAUUAGUUAUUGUACACUAUGGAAAUACAGUAAAUAUCAAAGGUUCACAAAUAGUUGCUAAUGGACAACCAGGCGUACAAUUACCACAUAGAAUUAAUGAUUUAUUAAUUCGACAAGCAACAUCAGUUUUACUUAGUGUUGAAGGAACUGAUUUUUCAAUUUAUUUUGAUGGUUUUCGCGUCUAUAUUACAUUGGGACCAUCAUUUAUAAAUCAAACUCGUGGUUUAUGUGGUACUUUUAACUAUAUAACACGAGAUGAUUAUCAAACUCCCAAUGGACUUAUUGAAACAAAUUUAAUUGCUUUUGCUGAUGCUUAUAAAAUUUCUCAAACAUGUAAUACACCAUUACAAACAACAUCUUGUAGUCUUUUUCCAGCUAAUGAAUUAGCUGCUCGAACAACAUGUCAAAAUCUAAUAAAAGAUCCUGUGUUUGCACCAUGUAUAUCUGUUUUGGAACCAUCAUUUUAUAUUGAAUCAUGUACAGCUGAUCUUUGUGAUGAUAUUUCAAGUGAUUACAUAUCAACAUAUACAUGUUAUCAUUUAGCAACAUAUGCACAUAAAUGUGCUGAUCGUGGUAUUGUUAUUAAUUGGAUGAGUAAAACAAGUUUAUCAAAUGCUUGUCAAAUCGCACCAUAUCCUUAUGGACAAUGUUCAUCGUCAGAUGAUGUAUCAUCUUCGACAAGUUAUUCGGAAUGCGUUUCAGCUUGUGAUUAUUCAUGUUCAGAUCUUGAUCAAAAACCAUCAUUAAAUUGUGAAAAUCAAUGCUUACCUGGAUGUGCAUGUCCAACAGAUACAUUUUAUGAUGUCAAAUCUCGUUCAUGUAUUCGUGCUGAACAAUGUCCAUGUUAUGAUAUAUCAACAAAAUCAUAUAUUCAACCAGGGCAAAAUAUACUUCGAACAUGUACAAAUUGUACAUGUUUAAAUGGAGCAUUUCAAUGUGAUAAUCCAGAUUGUCUUUUAACAAUGACUUGUCCAGGAAAUCAAAUCUAUUCGAAUAAUGCAAGUACAUGUCCGAAGACAUGUGAUAAUAUUGUUAGUUUUUCUGAUUGUAAUACAUAUAAACAAGGUUGUACAUGUCCAUCAGGACAAGUAUUGACACAUGAUAGUAUUACUUGUGUACCAGUGAAUGAAUGUCCAUGUCGUUAUAAUCAACGUUCAUAUGCAACAGGUGACCAAAUUCGUCAAUCUUGCAAUAAUUGUACAUGUUCAGGUGGUAGAUGGUCAUGUACAAAAAUGCAAUGUGAUAGUACAUGUAUUGCAACGGGGGAUCCGCAUUAUAUAACAUUUGAUGGAAUGCGUUAUUCAUACGAAGGAAAUUGUCAAUAUUAUUUGGCUAAAGAGAAAAAUAAUACAUUUAGUAUUUUAGCUGAAAAUGUUCCAUGUGGCUCAACAGGUGUAACAUGUACAAAAAAUAUAAUUAUUGAUUAUCUUGGUUCAAUUAUUGAUUUACAACGUGGACGUAAUGUUAUUUUUAAUGGUAUUGAAAUUGAAAAUUAUGAAUCAGUACCAAAAAUUUAUGGGCAAGUAUCCGUAUUUAAAAGUGGAGUUUUUACAAUAAUAUCUACACCAGAUUUUUUAAUUAAAUGGGAUGAAGCUACAAGAAUUUAUUUAACAGUUUAUUCAAAACACCGAGGAAAUAUGGAAGGUUUAUGUGGUAAUUAUAAUGACGAUAAUGCUGAUGAUAUAAGAACAGCACAAGGAAUUACUGGUUCAAUAAUUGAAAUGGCUAAUUCUUGGAAAACAGCACCAACAUGUGGAAAUUUACAAGAAUCACUUGUUGAUAAUAGUGACCCAUGUUUCGGUCAUGAACAGCGACGUGAUUGGGCAACAACAGAAUGUUCAUUAAUUCGCGGAAAAUCAAUAGAUAAUCCAUUUAAUCCUUGUAUUGAAUUAAUCGAUCCAACACAACUUGAUAUAUAUUAUAAAGAAUGUUUAUUUGAUGCAUGCAACUGUGAUCGUGGUGGAGAUUGUGAAUGUUUAUGUACGUCUUUAGCUUCAUUUGCCGAAAAAUGUAAUUCAAUUGGUGUACCUGUUAAAUGGCGUCGACCAAAUCGAUGUCCAAUGCAAUGUGACAAUAAUAAAGUUUAUAUGGCAUGUGGAUCUAUUUGUCCUGAAACAUGUUCAGGAAAAGAUUAUUUUGGGUGUGAAUUAUCUGGUUGUGUUGAAGGUUGUUUUUGUCCAAAUGGUCUUUUAAUGGAUGAGACUGGUACAUGUGUACCUAUAUCAUCAUGUACAUGCGCUUACGAUAAUAAAUAUUAUCCAAGUGGUUCAACCAUUGUUCGCGGUUGUGAAAUAUGUUCAUGUACAAAUGGUUCAUUUGUUUGUUCACAAUUAACAACGAAAGAAUGUCAACAAGAUUGUUCAUCAUUUAAUGAAUUCCAAUGUUCAACAAGUAAAGAAUGUAUACCAAAAACAUGGAAAUGCGAUAAAGUACCUGAUUGUGCUGAUAAAAGUGAUGAAGACAAUUGUGUUUAUGAAUGUUCGAACCAAACAAGUUUUACUUGUCGUAAUGGGCAAUGUGUUGAUAUAACUUAUCGUUGUGAUGGCUUACCAAAUUGUCGAGAUGGUUCAGAUGAAGUUAAUUGCACUUAUAUUCAACCAUGUCGUGAAUUUUUAUGUUCAAGAAGUAAAAAAUGUAUUUCAAAAACAUGGGUAUGUGAUGGUUCAAUCGAUUGUGGUAUGGGUGAUGAUUCUGAUGAAGCAGCAGAUUGCAAACAAGAACAUUGUGAUUUAAAUAGUGGUCGUUAUUUUCAAUGUGCUGAUAGUCGAGAUUGUUUACCAAUUACUAGUAAAUGUGAUGCUCAUAAAGAUUGUUUAGAUGGUUCAGAUGAACGUGGUUGUGCAUGUCUAUGUUCUGAACAAUUUUCAUGUGAAACUAUUUGUCAAUGUCUUAAUAUGUCACGAGUUUGUGAUGGCAUACCAGAUUGUAUUGAUCAAACUGAUGAAAAAAAUUGUACAUGUACCUCAAACGAAUACACAUGUUCUGGAGGUGGAUGUAUAAAUGGAACUCAAUUAUGUGAUAGAAUGGUUAAUUGUCCAAAAGGUGAUGACGAAACUCAUCCAGAUUGUGCUGUAACAACAACGCCAAUUCCAUCAACUAUUGUUACAACAUCUGGAUCAACACAUGUACCUACUGUAGGAAAACUUGUACCAAUAUCGGUAAGAUUUAUCGACUUUAUGAAGUAA